CCCUUAUAGAAUGUUGUGGAUAUGUGAUGGUAUCACAUCAGCGUUGGGAAGAUCCAGACAGACUCGGACGCUGGUUCUCAUGUGACCAUAAAAAAAAAGAAAUAACCACUGGCGACACUAAAUCCCAUGCAUUAAGUAGUAUUCCACGUUACCAGCUAUUUUUUUAAAUUGUCACCAUGAGUUUUGCAUUUACCAUGUACAGAAGAUGUGGACCUAAAGCUGCUCAGAUCCUUCUAAUUUCCGUAACCUGGUUCUGCAGUGUUGGACAUACCUCAAUCACAAGUGAUUUUCCCAGACUAGCCUCUUACUUUGGAACCAAAACUAGAUAUGAAGAGAUAAAUCCAUUUCUUCUGGAGAAUCCUCUUCUGGUCAACAGAAAGCAAGAUCUAUUGCCCAACACUUGUACACCUCUCCAAAUUGUAUCCGUAGUAAGACAUGGCACAAGGUAUCCAACACACAAACAAAUCAAGAAGAUGAAGAAAAUGCACAAUUUGAUCCUACAGUAUGGUGGGGGUUCUGAUCUUGUGGAAGACCUGCGCAACUGGAAUAUGUGGUAUGAGGACUGGAUGGAUGGUCAACUUGUCCAAAAGGGAGAGCAGGACAUGAAUAACCUGGCUUUAAGGCUGGCCUCUCUCUUCCCCUCACUAUUCACAGCUGAGAAGUUCAAGAAUUGCAACAUGACAUUCCUAACAAGUUCCAAGCAUAGAUGCGUGGACAGCACCAAAGCUUUUAUUAGUGGACUUGAACAACGCUUUUUUGGCUUUCCUCAAGGGUCCAUAAUUGGAUUAGAUGAAUUAAUAUGUCGUGAGCCUGUGGUCAAUGAUACUCUAAUGCGUUUCUUUGAUCACUGUGAGAAGUUUGUUGUCCAAGUGGAAGAUAACGACACUGCGAUGCAUGAAGUAGACAAGUUUAAGGAAAGCCCAGAAAUGAUGAAGGUGCUGCGCAGAAUUUCUGCACUCUUAAAUAUUCCCGAAGAUGAAUUAAAUGCAGAUCUAAUUCAAGUGGCGUUCUUUACCUGCUCUUUUGAACUGGCCAUUAACAAUACUGAAAAUUCUCCUUGGUGUAAAUUAUUCGAUGAAGAAGACGGUAAGGUCUUAGAAUACCUCAAUGAUCUGAAGCAGUAUUGGAAACGUGGGUAUGGGUUUGCUAUUAACAGUCGUUCCAGCUGCAGCUUGUUUCAACAUAUCUUCCAACAUUUGGAAACUGCAGUCGCAGAGAGUAAAAGGUCCCAGAAAGUCUCCAACCCGGUGGUUAUGCAGUUUGGACACGCAGAGACCCUUUUGCCCCUUCUAGCUCUGAUGGGUCUGUUUAAGGACGAGAAGCCUCUUACAGCUGAGAACUUCAGUUUACAAAGUGAAAGGAAAUUUCGCAGCGGCCGUAUUGUCCCCUACGCUUCCAACCUGGUGUUUGUGCUAUAUCACUGCGAUUUGGCCGAGAACCCUGAGGAGGAGUACCAAGUGCAAAUGCUGCUGAAUGAAAACCUUCUGCCAUUUCCUCACUCACACCAGUCUGUCUGCGUAUACAAUGACCUCAAGAAGCAAUACAGUCACCUCCUUGAAAACUGCCACGUUACAGAAGAGUGUAAAUUGCUGAAAGUUGGCCAUGUCUCAGAGGAUGAGUUAUGAUGCAGUUACACAUAGCUGUAGUUAACUGCUUAUGGUAAAAGAAAAUAUGGUGGCUUUCUGAAUGGUUUUUUUUUUUGUUGUUGUUUUGUUUUUAUUUCUUUUUGGAGAGAGGUGGUAAU